UAGAAUAGUAAAAAAAUCAUAGUAUAAGAUGUGAAGACAAAUCUACUAGUUUAUUGUUUGAUAAUAUCAAAAAAAUUUUUAUUUUAAUUAAGGAGCUUUUUAUGUUUAUAGGUUCUGAUUAUUCUUGAAGGUACUCAAUUCAGUCGUUGUAGUCGGACUUUAUUAUGGAUUUCUUACCACAUUUUCAAUAAGGUCCUCUUAUUUAUUCUUUGUGCGAACUCUGGUUCUGGAAAAAGAAACAAAUACAAAUAAUAAGGUAGCAGCAACCACUGGUUUUAUUAUGGGACAGCUCAUGAGAUUCGUAUCCAUCUAUUAUGCGCCCUUUUAUCUAGCUUUGGGUAGACCUCAUACAAUAACUGUCCUUGCUUUACCUUAUCUUUUGAUUCAGCUUUUCUUGAACACUGAAAAAAAAAUUUUUGCUUAUGGAUCUAAUAACCAAAAUUCGAUCCGUGAGCUAGAGAAUAUCUUUGUAUUCCUCAAUCAUCUUAUUUUUCAGUUGCUUAACACUUGCAUUUUACCAAGUUCAACGUUAGCCCGAUUAGUAAGCAUUUAUCUGUUUCGCUGUAAUAAUAAGAUGUUGUUUGUAACAAGCAGUUUGUUUGCUUGGGGAAUGGGACAAAUUUUAGUCAUAAAUUGCUUGGAAUUUUUAGCAGUCUG